AUGACGUUGCUGGACGACGUGCAGAAGAUCAAGUUGCAGCUGUUCCACUGCCUCCAGCGUCGCCAUCGGGAUGCGUGGAAGCACUACUGGAGCUCAUUUCAUCUCUAUAUGGUCGCCAAGCUCUCAUUGGAGGAGUUUCACGCGUUAGCUGAAGAGCUCUUGGGACCUGAUAAAGAUCUGCAUAAUAAGCUCGUGGUGUCGCUGCUAAGUACAGUGUCUCAGGAGGUGGGGAACGAAGAGCUACAGAGGAGCCUAAAGUUGUCUUUAGCUCUGGAAAUGCAAGACCAUAAUGGAGAAGAGGAAAGAAAAGAGACUGCAGUCAAUGGAGGCUAUGUCAGGAGUACUAAUGAAGACCCACUACUCCAGUUUGUCAAGAAAAAAGGCACCAGAUAUGAUUCUGAGCAGCCACGACAAGAACCACUCGGAUGUAAACGACCAUAUAGCAGCAUCGUACCUGCUAACAACAAUACGGAGGAGACGGGUGUGACCUGGUUUGUGCUGCAUUCCUUAGCAGCAAAGAAGCUCAUGCAUCUUGAUCGGGAUGAGCGGCUUGCUAGCGACCACCCAGACCACCAGUCGGCACAGCUACUGAUGGGACUUGGUAAAUUGGCAACGACGAUAAACCCGUCGUCUAUCGCCGCCACGCCCAUAUCGACGCCUUCCAACAGCAGCAGAGGUUUCAAGCCACAUGCAUCGACAGCAAGCAGGCGAGAAUAA